GAGCGCCAUUGACUCACCUUCCUAUCUGAACCAUAAUCCUGCCCAACAUCUUUCCUGUUCUGGUUGCUUGAUCCAUUCCAUUCUCUUCGUUGAAUCAUAUUGUUUAGUUCCCAGCCCAGAUCGUCAUCAUGUCUCAAUUUCCUACCAGAAACGUUGGUGUCUUGGGCUGCACUGGCUCUGUCGGCCAGCGCUUCAUCCUGUUGCUCCAGAAUCAUCCUGUCCUGAAGCUUGUCGCCGUCGGCGCCUCCUCCCGCUCCGCUGGCAAGAAGUACCGCGAUGCCGUCCGCUGGAAGCAAUCCACCCCCAUCUCUGCCGAGUUCGGUGACCUAGUCGUCCGCGACUGCAAGGCCAGCGAAUUCGCCGACUGCGACAUCGUCUUCAGCGGUCUCGACAGCGAUGUUGCCGGCGACGUCGAGAAGGAGUUCCAGCACGCCAACAUUGCCGUCUUCUCCAAUGCAAAGAACUACAGACGCGACCCCCUCGUGCCCCUCGUCGUCCCGACCGUCAACCUCCACCAUCUCGACCUGAUCCCCCACCAGCGCAAGACCCUCGGCCUCGAUAAGGGCUUCCUGGUAUGCAACAGCAACUGCGCCGUCAUUGGCCUCGUCGCCCCCUUUGCCGCCCUCCAGGCGCGCUUCGGCAAGAUCGAUACUGUAUCCGUCGUCACCAUGCAGGCUGUCUCGGGUGCUGGAUACCCCGGCGUCAGCAGCAUGGACAUCAUUGACAAUGUUGUGCCCUUCAUUUCGGGCGAGGAGGACAAGCUCGAGACCGAGGCCCAGAAGAUCCUGGGUUCUCUCAACGCCGACGCCACUGCCUUUGAGGACCAGAAGGAGCUCCGGGUGUCGGCAGCCUGCAACCGUGUUCCUGUCUUGGACGGCCACACCGCCUGCGUGUCGCUGCGCUUCGCCCAGCGCCCGCCCCCGUCCGCCGAGGAGGUCAAGGAGGCCAUGCGCAGCUAUGUUUCUGAUGCUCAGAAGCUGGGAUGCCCCUCGGCCCCCGAGCCCCCUAUCAAGGUCUUUGACGAGGCAGACAGGCCCCAGCCCCGUCUUGACCGUGAUCUCUGCAAGGGAUACACUGUCAGCGUUGGCCGCGUUAGAGAGGACGAGAGUGGUAUCUUCGAUAUCAAGUUUGUUGCCCUGAGCCACAACACUGUUAUUGGAGCUGCUGGCUCCUCUAUCCUCAACGCUGAGGCUGCCAUAUUUAAGGGUCUCAUCUAAGGUUAAGCGGGCUGCUUUAUGGGUUUGGGAACAAAAAUUUAAUCAUUUUUGGGUUGCUGUUAUAAAAGUAUAAAGU